AGGCAGUAGCAAAGCUUACUAGAAGAUCCCCAGGCAAAUAAGGCUGAGUAGAACCAGACUUUCUGCCGCUGAACUCUUGCUCGUAUCCAUCCAAGAUGUCGACUCCCAUAAGUGCUGAACAGAUUUUGGCAAAGAGAAGAUUGCAAAAUCGUCUGGCGCAGCGAAAAAGACGCCAACGUCUACAAGCGAAUGGUCGCCAGGGAAGCAGAUCGUCCCAUGGUUCAGCUGAGUUCGUGAACGCUAUCCAGGCUGAUCACCAAUUGCCCGAGGGUCAUGUCGAGAAUACAGAUUGGGACAGAAAUCAGUCGGUGCUGGAGACCCAAGCAAACCAUCCAGAGCACCCCGACAGUUCACCAAGAGGGGCCACACACAAUAAUCCGACGGAGCCAAUGACCGAGAGCUGGGAAGCGCUCUUGUCCAAUUUGGAGAGAAGCGAGAGUAGCACCCUGCUCGUGGAUACAAAUCAGGAAGGGAACAAGUCAACAGAGAGACCCUUGGGGGAGUCACCAGUGAGCAUACUAACAUUUAUACCCUCAAAGAUCUGUCUUAGGUGACCACUGACCCUGCUUAGAAAAAUGCGUCCGCCCCUGGUACCUGCUGGAAGACGGUAUCCCAAAAACCAAGCGACAAGAAUCCAUUCAAGGCGCAGAG